AUGGAUCGAAGACAGUUUCAGAAUAGAAAUGAAAUGGGAUACGAAUUAGAUGAAGCAUCGGCUAGCAAACAGCCUAACAUUGCGAUGGCUGCCGUUUCCAACAAAUUACUUAAUGCUACUGAUCAGUGUUCAUGCUGCAACUGUGCAAAGCGUUGGCAGCUUGCAAUUCUAGCUAAUCUCGGGUUUUUGAUUGUUUUUGGUAUACGUUGUAAUUUUGGCGCCGCAAAAAAUCAUAUGGCGCGUGAUUAUACAGACCCGUGGGGCAAGCAUCAUAGACGUGAAUUUAAUUGGACAUUAACAGAGCUGGGUGUUAUGGAAAGUUCAUUUUUCUAUGGCUAUUUGCUGACGCAAGUACCGGCAGGCUUCUUGGCUGCUAAAUUUGCACCUAAUAAAUUAUUUGGCCUUUCCAUAGGUUUGGCAUCAUUUUUCAAUAUCUUACUACCUUUUGCGUUCCAUACCAAUAACGACACUUUAAUUGCAAUGAUUCAAAUACUACAAGGGCUUGUACAAGGUGUAUCGUAUCCUGCGAUACAUGGUGUAUGGCGCUAUUGGGCUCCUCCAUUGGAGCGAUCCAAAUUGGCAACAACUGCAUUUACAGGUUCCUAUGCUGGGGCGGUAGUCGGUUUACCGGCUUCUGCUUGGCUCGUCAGUUACAUACAUUGGUCUGCGCCAUUUUAUGUUUACGGUUUUGCUGGCGUAAUGUGGGCAGUAUUUUGGUUUGCAUUAACAUUUGAAAGUCCAACAUUCCAUCCAACGAUUUCGAUGGAUGAAAAGAAAUAUAUCUUGGAAACAAUUGGACCAGUAUCCACAAGUCACGCAACUCUUGCGUCAGUACCUUGGAAGGCAAUACUACUAUCAAAGCCAGUCUAUGCAAUAAUUGUGGCAAAUUUCGCACGGAGUUGGACAUUUUACCUUCUUCUUCAAAAUCAGCUUACCUAUAUGAGAGAAGUGCUCAACAUGGCAAUUAAUGACAGCGGUUUGAUAGCCGCAUUGCCCCAUGCAGUGAUGGGUUUGGCAGUACUUGGUGGUGGUCAAUUAGCCGAUUAUUUGCGUUCUCAUCAAAUUCUCAGUACAACGGCAGUGCGGAAACUUUUCAACUGUGGCGGCUUUGGUGGAGAGGCAAUAUUCAUGCUUGUUGUCGCCUAUACUAAAAGUGAUGCAACCGCAGUAUUUGCUCUAAUACUUGCCGUUGGCAGUAGCGGUUUUGCAAUCUCAGGUUUCAAUGUGAAUCACUUGGACAUAGCGCCACGUUAUGCAGCAAUACUGAUGGGCUUCUCGAAUGGUAUAGGUACCCUGGCUGGCCUUACAUGCCCUUUUGUGACAGAAAAGUUAAUUUCACGUGGUCCACGAGGAUGGGAAAAGGUGUUUCUGCUCGCAAGCCUUAUACACUUCACCGGUGUCACUUUCUACGCUGUCUAUGCAUCCGGUGAAUUGCAGGAUUGGGCUGAGCCAAAAGAUGAGGAAGAAUCCUGGUUCAAUAAAAAUGUCUGUAAAAGCGGUACAGUUGCUGCUAGCGACUAUGGUACGGUGAAUUCAGAACAAGGACAAAGUAGUCCAGCCCCGGACUUCGAUAAAAUCUGGAACGGUAGCACUAUGUCCACUUCUUGCUAUCUUGCUAUUCCAUUUGCCUAUUUUUGCCAGUAG